GCUCCACCGGGUCGCUUGCGCACCCGACCCCGGGCCAGCCGGGCCCUGGCCUCCCGGGCGCGCGUGGAUGCCUCCCCCUGGACGGCGCGAUGGGCCCCUUCUGGGAGAGAGAGGGUGCCUCCUCCUGGACGGCGGCAGCGGCGGCGCGGGGACCCGGUGGGCAGCAGAGCGAUGGGACCCCUUCGAGAGACCAAGAAGGAGCAGAGAGUGCAGCAUCAUGAGAAGGAGAUUUCCCGAAGCCGAAUUCCCCGUUUGAUUCUGCGGGCCCAUCUGCCCCAGCAGCAGCACAAAGUGUCCCCAGCCUCUGAGUCUCCCUUCUCUGAGGAAGAGAGCAGAGAGUUCAAUGCCAGCAGCUCUGGGCGCUCGGCGAGGACCAUAAGCAGCAACAGCUUCUGCUCAGAUGACACAGGCUGUCCUAGCAGCCAGUCCGUAUCUCCCGUGAAGACACCUUCAGAUACUGGAAAUAGCCCUAUUGGUUUUUGCCCUGGAAGUGAUGAAGACUUUUCCAGAAAGAAAUGCACAGUUGGAAUGGUUGGUGAAGGAAGCAUCCAGUCAUCUCGAUAUAAAAAGGAGCCAAAGUCAGGCCUUGUAAAGCCAGGUAGUGAAGCGGAUUUUAGCUCCUCCAGCAGCACGGGCAGCAUUUCCGCUCCUGAGGUCCAUAUGUCUGCCCCGGGAAGCAAGCGGUCCUCUUUUUCACGCAACCGAGGGCCCCAUGGGCGGAGUAAUGGAGCUUCGUCAUACAAGUCUGGCAACAGCCCGCCCUCCCCACGGGAGAAAGACUUUCUGUCCAUGCUGUGCAGGAAUCAGCUGAGUCCCGUUAACAUCCAUCCCAGUUACGCGCCUUCCUCCCCAAGUAGUAGCAACUCGGGCUCCUACAAAGGAAGCGACGGCAGCCCAGUCAUGAGGCGCUCUGGAAGGUACAUGUCCUGUGGUGAAAAUCACGGUGUCAAGCCCCCAAACCCAGAGCAGUAUUUGACACCUCUGCAGCAGAAAGAGGUCACUGUGAGGCACCUGAAGACCAAGCUGAAGGAAUCCGAGCGGCGGCUUCAUGAAAGGGAAAGCGAGAUCGUGGAGCUCAAGUCGCAGCUGGCCCGCAUGAGGGAAGACUGGAUCGAGGAAGAGUGCCACCGCGUGGAGGCCCAGCUGGCCCUGAAGGAAGCCAGGAAAGAGAUCAAACAGCUCAGGCAGGUCAUCGAAACGAUGCGGAGCAGCUUGGCUGAUAAAGAUAAAGGCAUCCAGAAAUACUUCGUGGACAUAAACAUCCAGAACAAGAAGUUGGAGUCUCUGCUUCAGAGCAUGGAGAUGGCGCACAGCGGCUCUCUGAGGGACGAGCUGUGUCUGGACUUCCCCUGCGAUUCCCCGGAGAAGAGCUUGCCCCUCGGCACCCCUUUUGGCAAGAUGGCGGAUGGGCUGGCUCUGGAAGAGCAGGUCGUGGAGGAAGGGGCUGACCGCGAGCUGCUGGUGGGAGGUGGCAGGGCCGAUGGCACAGAUCUGUUUGAUGGGAUGGUGACAGCCGCCACCGGCGAGGCCCCCGACCUGGAGCUUCUUCGCUCCCCGUGUGGGGCCGAGGCCCUGGGGCUGCUCCCCCUGGCGGGGGGUCAGGAGGAGGGCGGCGUGCUGGUGGAGCAGGCCGUGCAGACUGACGUGGUGCCCUACAGCCCCGCGGUCUCCGAGCUCAUUCAGCAUGUGCUCAAGCUCCAGGACCCCUGCCCCUCCAGCCCCGCGUCUCCCGAUGAGUCCGGGGCUGACUCGACCGAGAGCUUCCCGGAGUCCUUCUUGGCAUGCCUGGUUGAUCUGACGCCAAGAAAUCCCAACUCCGCCAUCCUUUUGUCUCCCGUGGAGACCCCAUCCGCCGCGGGGGGUCCGGCGGCCCCUGCAAACCGCCUCAUGAGAGAGCUGGAUUUUGCAGGCUCCGUGGAGGAGAGACUGGACGUCGUCGUCCCGCUGCCGCGGGGGGCCGCCAGGAGGCAGUACUGGAGCAGCAGCUUCCUGGUGGAUCUCCUGGCCGUGGCCGCCCCCGUGGUCCCCACGGUUCUGUGGGCAUUCAGUACUCAGAGAGGGGGGACAGAUCCCGUCUACAACAUUGGGGCGCUGCUGCGGGGCUGCUGCGUGGUCGCCCUGCAUUCGCUCCGCCGCACCGCCUUUCACAUCAAAACCUGAGGAGAAGUUGUCGCCGUGUGCCAGUCUGUCCCGCGUCCCGAGCUGCCCUGGGGUGGGGGGGGGGGGGGGGAUGGGAGGAUGGGGGGAGACAGCGGGUCAACCUGUGGCGGUCUGUGCUCUGUCGUUUUGCUCCUCGGUAUUUGAUUUGCACUAUAUUUAGUUGACACCUGUUCGCUGUCUGAAAUGAGAGGUAUCUUCAAAGGCAUGGAGACGUGGUUCAAGUUCAAUGUCCCACCAGUGGUAGAGAAAGCAUGCUCCUGACCCUGCCGUGUCGUCCGAGGUACCUGUGCUUCUCCUAGUGGUUCAGGAAGAGAAAAUGCAGAGUUUGCACUUUCAAGACAGCUUCUGUAAGGCCGGCAUGUUCGCUCCUUGCUUCGCUUUGUGCCGUUUAAAAAUGUGUAAUUGUUACAGCAUUCCAGUGGUCUUGUGCACAGCAGGGGACUGUAACCAAAAAUAAAACUGUACUCGUGUAAUUGGUUUGAAGAAGUCUUGAAUAGCUCCUUAGUGUCUUACUUGGGGUUGAUAAGGUUUGAGUGUUUGGGGUUUUUUUACUAAAUGUAGCUCCAGAGUCGUAAAAUGGCUUGUUUGUUCCUAAACCUAUUAAUUGAUGAAACUGUAUGUAAGUUCACAAUGUAUUAACUUAUUUUUUGCUUAUUAUAUAGUGUUUUAUUGGGAAUUGUUUGUAACCAUACACUUCAGCAUGAUGAAAAUAAAGAUUAGUGUUUCCAUUUAAAUAAAUGUUUUAUCCUCCUGUAAAAUAAUUAUCUGUUUAGUUUUACUCCUGUAUAUGGUAAGAAAGACUAAAUGGAUAGGUCCUUUCUUCUUUAUCAAUAGGGGUCUGUAAAAUGGAAUUAACUUAAGGAAUGAGAAAGAGGGGGAAAUUAUUAAAGAAAGGUGAGGAUUUCCUACUGUCUUAAAAAAAACUUUGCUUCUGAAUAAAAGUAGCUUUGAUUGUUUGCUCUGAAAUUACCC